CUGUGGCGAGUGAAGUGAAGUGAGACACAGAACAGAGAAGGUGAAGAGCCUGCUACCACCUGCUAUUGAAGAUUGGAAUUCAUCAAAUAUCACUUUAACAUUUCUUUGUCGGCAAUACGAAAUAAGUAAAUUCUUGUAAUCACAAAGUGAUAUCUUCAUUUAGUAAUUCGUGGAACCAGUGACUACAGAAAUUUAAAAUGUCUGAUUGGGAUACAGUCACAAUUCUUCGCAAAAAACCACCUAAAGCAUCCGCAUUAAAGACUGAACAGGCUGUAAACGCUGCACGCCGUCAAGGUUUACCAGUAGAAACUCAACAAAAAUAUGGUGCCGGAACCAAUAAACAACAUGUUACUACUAAAAAUACAGCUAAACUUGACAGAGAAACUGAAGAAUUGCGCCAUGAAAAAGUAUCACUUGAUUUGGGCAAGUUAAUAAUGCAAGGUCGGCAAGCCAAAGGCAUGAGUCAGAAAGAUUUGGCUACAAAAAUUUGUGAAAAGCCACAAAUAGUAAAUGACUACGAAGCCGGCCGCGGAAUACCAAAUAAUGUUGUUUUGGGAAAAAUUGAACGGGCAAUUGGCAUAAAACUACGUGGAAAAGAAAGAGGCCAACCACUACAGCCUCCUGGAGGAAAGAAAUAACGGAUUCCCUGGGAGGCGAAGACUAUACUCCGAUUUGUUUAUUGCAUAAUAAUUUAAUCUCAUUCUCAUUUUGCUGCUGAUUGAAUGACAAUUAACAAUGUGUUUGUAUUCUAGAUAGCAUUGUAAAAAAAAUGACGUAAGCAUAUUAAUUUUUUGUCUCGAAUGUUCUGUUUGCUAUGUUACCAUCUUGAAAAAUUAUGAAGAUAUUUUAUUCAGACUAUUGGGCAACUGUGGAUGUGAUAUGCAAUAAAGAUAGUUUAUUUGAGUUGA